AUGAAAGAAGAAGAUGAAAUUAAAAAACAAGAAUUACAUUUAGAAACUUUAAGUAACAAAUAUGAAGAAGGAAUACAAAAAUUAAAAGAAUCUUUAGAUAAACUGAGAGAAAGUGUAGAUAGACUUUCUUCUUUUACUGAUGAUAUGAAGAAUGACUCUAUGUGA